AUGUCUGUCAGGGGCUGCCCGCCAAUGAGAGGGCGGGAAGGUGGGGCCUGCGGGGCAGCUGUGACGGCACCAACCCGGAAGUGGUCUGUCUCCCGGCGAGAGGGGCGGCGGUGACAGCAACCGUGGCGGGUCCGGGCGGGAACCCCUCAGGCGGCAGGGCUGUGGCCUGGCCCUGGAGCAGAAUGCGGGGCGACUCCAUGGCGGCCGAAGUGGAAGUGAAAGUGACGGGGCAGAACCAGGAGCAGUUCCUGCUGCUGGCAAAGUCUGCCCGGGGAGCAGCCCUGGCCAGCCUCAUCCACCAAGUGCUGGAGGCCCCAGGCAUCUAUGUUUUUGGAGAGCUGCUUGACAUGCCCAAUGUCCGAGAGCUAGCAGACAGUGAGUUCUCCCCCGUCUUCCGCCUCCUCACAGUCUUUGCAUAUGGGACGUAUUCAGAUUACCUGGCUGAAUCUGGGAAUCUGCCUCCCUUAACAGAAGCUCAGAAGAACAAAUUACGCCAUCUCUCUGUCGUCACACUGGCUUCAAAACUCAAGUGCAUUCCUUAUGCGGUGUUGCUAGAGCAGCUCCAGCUGAAGAAUGUGCGCCAGCUCGAAGACUUGGUGAUUGAGGCGGUGUAUGCGGAUGUCCUGCGGGGAAGCCUGGACCAACGCAACCAGCGAUUGGAGGUGGAUUACAGCAUUGGUCGGGACAUCCGCAGGGAGGAGCUCAGUGCCAUCACCCGCACCCUUCAGGAAUGGUGCCAGGGCUGUGAGGUUGUCCUUUCAAGCAUCGAAGAACAAGUUAGCCGAGCCAACCUGCACAAAGAGCAGCAGCUGGGUCUGAAACAGCAGAUAGAGAGUGAGGUAGCAAAUCUGAAGAAGACAAUAAAGGUGACAACGGCGGCAGCCGCAGCAGCAACGUCCCAAGAUCCGGAGCAGCAUCUAUCGGAACUCCGGGAGCCCACUCCAGGCACCAACCAGCGGCAGGCCAGCAAAAAGGCUUCCAAGGGCAAAGGACUCCGAGGAAGUGCAAAGAUCUGGUCAAAAUCAAACUAACUGGACUGCUGCUGGCUGAGCAGGAUGAACCGAUGUCCCACGUGUGGUGCUUUUUUUCUCCAUCCUGGAUGAUUUUCUGCAUACUUCUCCCCACUUCUCCCUCUAAUACCUAUUUCUCUUUUCAUUUCCCCUUUUCUGGCAUGCUCAACUAUUAUCUCUCCCUCCUUCUGUUCCUUCUGUUGCUGUCUAAUAUUUUUUUGGCCUUUUUGCUCUUCUGGAUGUCAUCUUUUUUUUUUCUUUUGCCCUUUCCCAUCCCUUGUUUUUCAGGUGCAUUUUAAGAGCCAUAAAAUGUCCUCUGUUUCAGUUACCUUUGCACCAAUAGAUUUGCAGAAAUCUGGGUUGGACAUGAAUGUGGCACCAAGAAACCACUUUUGUUGCGAGUGUGGCUUCUGGGACAUCUGCUCUAGGGCACAGUUUACCCUCUCAGUGUUUUGCUGUGCUAGGAUCAGUGGAAGGGCCGGGGUGUGUGUGAGUGUGUUUUGGGUGGAUUAUUUUUAAAUAAAAGUAUAAAUAUAUAAAGCAAUUUAAAAAAUAAAUCUAUGGACAUAUCUACA